AUGAAGUGUUGGGCUAACAAAGUAGUCGUGGUUACUGAUUGUAGUGACGAAGUUGGUAUUAACGUUUUAGAGCGAUUGGCGAAGUCCGGGAUGAUAGCCAUUGGAUUCGGUAAAAGUGACGACAUCGUAAAUAAGACAAAGAAGAAGCUAACUGACUUAUCAAACACACCUAUAGACGGUAAAGUUGUCUUGUGUGAAUGCGAUAUAACUAAUUUAAAACAACUGAGAGAAACUUUCGAUACUAUAAUUGAAGCUUAUGAUGGAGUGGACGUGUUAGUGAACAACGCAUAUUGUAAUAUAGAUUGUUUAGUAAGUACAGGAGACUUGGGAGACUUCAAAAAAGUGGUUGAUAUCAACAUUAACGCUCUGAUAGCAUGCACAAGACUGGCAGCCGGUUCUAUGAUUGAGAGAAAAACCAGAGGUCAUAUUAUAAACAUCAAUGAUUUGUGUGCUUAUCAAAUUCCAGAGGAUUCUAAGAAAAACGUCUUCAUAGCAUCGAAGGCGGCUAUCACUUCUGUAAACGAAAUACUGAGACAUGAAUUCAGAUAUUUGGAGGCAAAUAUUAAAGUAACCAAUAUUGCAUGUGGCAGUAUUGAAAGUGAAGCCGAACAUUCUCCGGAUGAGCCGAAAUUGAAGAUUCGAGACGUUGCAAAAUUAGUGAAGCUGAUUUUGAAUACUCCUGAACAUUUGCAAGUCCACGAAGUGCUUUUAGAUUCCACGUUAAAGUAA